AAUUGCGUUUAGAUCCCUAAAAUUUUGUACCAAGUUAUCUUCAUGUGACUUUUACCGUGUCCAGCGUACAAACAAGUGAACAAACACUAUCAAACAAAAUUACUGAUAACACCCAAAACAGGAAACUUUAUUCAUUUACACCCUUCUCUCUUCUCCUUCAAUCCUCUCUCUCUCUCUCUCUCUCUCUCUACACGCUUUCCAAUGGAUUCCCCCAAAACCUCGCUCAUUCCCCUAAUUCUCCUCGCCGCCGUUCUCGCCGCCUCAGCUCAAGUCGACGAAUCCACAUCCAAGAUCUCCUCCUCGUCCGCCGCUUCCGCCGCGGCGAUGGAUCAGUGGGGAACGAGAAUGUCGUUCUACAACGGCGGAGAAGAGCUGCUGCUUGGAGAAGACGCGGAAGGAGCCGGCGCGUCGUCGCAUGGUCGGUCGCUGCUAUGGAAGAGAGCGAUGCACUACUAUAUUUCGUACGGCGCGCUGUCGGCGGACAGAAUACCCUGCCCGCCGCGCUCCGGCAGGUCGUACUACACACACAACUGCUACAGAGCUAGGGGCCCCGCUCAUCCCUACACUCGCGGCUGCUCCGCCAUCACCCAGUGCCGCCGGUGAUUGUAAUUUCUGCCUCACUUUCCCUGUGUGUGAGUUUUGUGCCAAUUUCUCUUUGGCUUGGAUGAUUUAAUUUUAAUUAUGCGUUGUUCUGCUUAAUUAUACAAGUUUUGUGUGAAGAUCUUGUAGAUCUGGGAGUUGUUGUGAAUUGUGUUAUUGUUCAGUUAAUAACUAAUAUAUAGAAUUAGUAAUGUUAAUUCGUUUUUCAUUAUGCUAA